CGGUUUCCCUUUUUAAGGUGGGAACACUGUGAAUCCCACCUCGGCCCCUCUCCCCUCCCGCCUCCCCUGCCCUCGCCCCGACAAGGAAGGAAGCAGCAGUUGGUUCGCUCCCUGGUAAUCUAUGCCAGCAAUUAUGACAAUGUUAGCAGACCAUGCAGCUCGUCAGCUGCUCGAUUUCAGCCAAAAAUUGGAUAUCAACCUUUUAGACAAUGUGGUGAAUUGCUUAUACCAUGGAGAAGGAGCCCAGCAAAGAAUGGCUCAGGAAGUACUGACACAUUUAAAGGAGCAUCCUGAUGCGUGGACAAGGGUUGACACAAUUUUGGAAUUUUCACAGAAUAUGAACACGAAAAUGAUUAGAGGAACAGAAAGAAAGCAACAGUAUUACGGACUGCAGAUCCUGGAGAACGUGAUAAAAACACGCUGGAAGAUACUCCCCAGGAACCAGUGUGAAGGAAUAAAAAAGUAUGUUGUUGGACUCAUUAUCAAGACAUCAUCUGACCCGACUUGUGUAGAGAAGGAGAAGGUGUAUAUCGGGAAAUUAAAUAUGAUUCUUGUUCAGAUACUGAAACAAGAAUGGCCCAAACACUGGCCAACUUUUAUCAGCGACAUUGUUGGAGCAAGUAGGACCAGUGAAAGUCUCUGUCAGAAUAAUAUGGUGAUUCUUAAACUCUUAAGUGAAGAAGUGUUUGAUUUCUCUAGUGGACAGAUAACCCAAGUGAAAGCCAAGCAUUUGAAAGACAGCAUGUGCAAUGAGUUCUCACAGAUAUUUCAGCUGUGUCAGUUUGUGAUGGAAAAUUCCCAAAAUGCUCCACUUGUACAUGCAACCUUGGAAACGUUGCUCAGAUUUCUUAACUGGAUUCCACUGGGGUAUAUUUUUGAGACCAAGUUAAUCAGCACGUUAAUUUAUAAGUUCCUUAAUGUCCCAAUGUUUCGAAAUGUCUCUCUGAAGUGCCUCACUGAGAUUGCUGGUGUGAGCGUCAGUCAGUAUGAGGAACAGUUCGUGACGCUGUUCACACUGACAAUGAUGCAGCUCAAACAGAUGCUUCCUUUAAAUACUAACAUUCGACUUGCGUACUCAAAUGGAAAAGAUGAUGAACAGAACUUUAUUCAAAAUCUCAGUUUGUUUCUCUGCACCUUUCUUAAGGAACAUGGUCAGCUUAUAGAAAAAAGACUAAAUCUCAGGGAGACACUGAUGGAGGCCCUUCACUAUAUGUUGUUGGUAUCAGAAGUAGAAGAGACAGAAAUCUUCAAGAUCUGCCUUGAAUACUGGAAUCACCUGGCAGCUGAGCUCUACAGGGAAAGCCCGUUCUCCACGUCGGCCUCCCCGCUGCUGUCCGGAAGUCAGCAUUUCGAUGUUCCUCCCAGGAGACAGCUCUAUUUGCCCGUCUUGUCCAAGGUCCGUUUGUUGAUGGUUAGUCGCAUGGCUAAACCAGAGGAAGUAUUGGUUGUAGAAAAUGAUCAGGGAGAAGUUGUGAGGGAAUUCAUGAAGGAUACGGAUUCCAUAAACUUGUAUAAGAAUAUGAGAGAAACAUUAGUUUAUCUUACUCAUCUGGAUUAUGUAGAUACAGAAAGGAUAAUGACUGAGAAGCUUCACAAUCAAGUGAACGGUACAGAGUGGUCGUGGAAAAAUUUGAAUACGUUGUGUUGGGCAAUAGGCUCCAUUAGUGGGGCAAUGCAUGAAGAGGACGAGAAGAGGUUUCUUGUUACCGUUAUAAAGGAUCUAUUAGGAUUAUGUGAACAGAAAAGAGGCAAAGAUAAUAAAGCUAUUAUUGCAUCAAAUAUCAUGUACAUAGUAGGUCAAUAUCCAAGAUUCUUGAGAGCUCACUGGAAAUUUUUGAAGACUGUAGUUAACAAGCUAUUUGAAUUCAUGCAUGAGACCCAUGAUGGAGUCCAGGACAUGGCUUGUGAUACUUUCAUUAAAAUAGCUCAGAAAUGCCGCAGACAUUUCGUUCAGGUUCAGGUUGGAGAAGUGAUGCCGUUUAUUGACGAGAUUCUGAACAACAUUAACACGAUAAUAUGUGAUCUUCAGCCUCAACAGGUUCAUACAUUUUAUGAAGCUGUGGGGUACAUGAUUGGUGCGCAGACAGACCAAACAGUACAAGAACAUUUGAUAGAAAAAUACAUGCUUCUCCCUAAUCAAGUGUGGGACAGUAUAAUCCAGCAGGCGACCAAAAAUGUGGAUAUACUUAAAGAUCCUGAAACGGUCAAGCAGCUUGGUAGCAUAUUAAAAACAAAUGUGAGAGCCUGCAGAGCUGUUGGACACCCCUUUGUAAUUCAGCUUGGAAGAAUUUAUUUAGAUAUGCUUAAUGUAUACAAGUGCCUCAGUGAAAAUAUUUCUGCAGCUAUCCAAGCUAAUGGCGAGAUGGUUACGAAACAGCCGCUGAUAAGAAGUAUGCGGACAGUGAAAAGGGAGACGUUAAAGUUAAUAUCCGGGUGGGUGAGCCGCUCCAGCGAUCCACAGAUGGUAGCUGAAAAUUUUGUUCCUCCUUUGUUGGAUGCAGUUCUCAUUGAUUAUCAGAGAAAUGUCCCAGCUGCCAGGGAACCAGAAGUCCUUAGCACCAUGGCUAUUAUUGUCAACAAGCUAGGGGGACACAUAACAGCAGAGAUACCUCAAAUAUUUGAUGCUGUUUUUGAGUGCACGUUAAAUAUGAUAAAUAAGGACUUUGAGGAAUACCCUGAACACAGAACAAACUUUUUCUUACUACUUCAGGCUGUCAAUUCUCAUUGUUUCCCAGCAUUUCUGGCUAUUCCACCUGCACAGUUUAAACUUGUUUUGGAUUCCAUUAUUUGGGCUUUCAAACAUACGAUGAGGAAUGUCGCGGAUACAGGGUUACAGAUACUUUUUACACUCUUACAAAAUGUUGCACAAGAGGAAGCUGCAGCUCAGAGUUUCUAUCAAACCUAUUUCUGUGAGAUCCUUCAGCACAUCUUUUCUGUUGUGACAGACACCUCACAUACUGCUGGUUUAACAAUGCACGCGUCAAUUCUCGCGUAUAUGUUUAAUCUGGUAGAAGAAGGAAAAAUAAGUACACCCUUAAAUCCUGGAAAUCCACUUAACAACCAAAUGUUUAUUCAGGAAUAUGUGGCUAAUCUCCUUAAAUCUGCGUUCCCUCAUCUACAAGAUGCUCAAGUUAAGCUCUUUGUGACAGGACUUUUCAGCCUGAAUCAGGAUAUUCCUGCUUUCAAGGAGCAUCUUAGGGAUUUCCUAGUACAGAUAAAGGAGUUUGCAGGUGAAGAUACAUCGGAUCUGUUUUUGGAAGAAAGAGAGACAGCGCUUCGACAGGCUCAGGAAGAGAAACAUAAGCUUCAAAUGUCUGUCCCUGGCAUCCUUAAUCCACAUGAAAUUCCGGAAGAAAUGUGUGAUUAAAAUCAGAAGUCUUGCUGUUUUUUGUUCUUUGUACAACUCUUGUUGGCAGAAGAAAGCAGCAUCUGGAUAUUUGUCGACCAAAAUGAUGCCAAUUUGUAAAUUGAAAUGUCACCUAGUGGCCCUUUUUCUUAUGUGUUUUUUGUAUAAGAAAUUUUCUGUGAAAUAUUCUUCCAUUGUUUAAGCUUUUGUUUUGGUCAUCUUUAUUUAGUUUGCAUGAAGUUGAAAAUUAAGGCAUUUUUUAAAAAUUUUACUUCAUGCCCAUUUUGUGGCUGGGAUGGGGGGAGGAAGCAAAUUCGAUUUGAACAUAUACUUGUAAAUUCUAAUGCAAGAUUAUACAAUUACACAGUUUUUCCUGUAAACUACCAAUUUUUAAUUAGGGAGCAUUUUCUUUCUAGCCUGUGUUUCAGUCUAGAAGAAAAGGUAAUGAGUAAAACAAAUUGCGUUGUUAAAAGGCUACGGUGCUGCCUCGUCUGAAGCUGGCACCCUUUGGACUGAAUGGUUUGUCGAGACUUCACGUUCUGCAAGUCUGUACGGCAAGAUCAUGUGCAUAUCAUCCCAUUGUAAAGCGACUUCAAGAAAUAUGGGAACACAGUCAGUUAUUUUUACACAGUUGUUUUGUUUUUGUGUGUGUGUGCUGUCGCUUGUCGACAACAGCUUUUUGUUUUCCUCAAUGAGGAGUGUUGCUCAUUUGUGAGCCUUCAUUAACUCGAAGUGAAAUGGUUAAAAAUAUUUAUCCUGUUAGACUAGGCUGCAUCUUUUUAACAACUCAUUAAGAAACAAAACAGAACUCUGGCUUUUGAGAUGACUUGUACUAAUUUACACUGUUUACCAAGCUGUAGUGCUUUAACAACACUACUUAAAAAGCAGAAUAAACUUGGUUUACAUUUA